CUCCGUCGUCCGGGCCCGCGCGCGCUCUGCCGGCCCGACGUAGCGCUGCCGCUGCGCCCCCGGGGCCGCGUUCGGGGCCGCCGGCGGCCGGGACGCAGGAGGCCGAGGGCAGCCCGGCCCCCGGGCCAACAUGGCCGAAGUCAGCAUCGACCAGUCCAAGCUGCCGGGGGUCAAGGAAGUGUGCCGAGACUUUGCCGUCCUGGAGGACCACACCCUGGCCCACAGCCUACAGGAACAGGAGAUUGAGCAUCAUUUGGCAUCGAAUGUUCAGCGGAACCGUUUGGUCCAACAUGAUCUCCAGGUGGCUAAGCAGCUUCAAGAGGAAGAUCUGAAAGCUCAGGCUCAGCUGCAGAAGCGCUACAGAGACCUUGAACAGCAAGACUGUGAAAUUGCUCAGGAGAUUCAGGAGAAGCUGGCUAUAGAGGCCGAGAGACGACGCGUUCAGGAGAAGAAGGAUGAGGACAUAGCUCGACUCUUGCAGGAAAAGGAGUUACAGGAAGAGAAAAAACGAAAGAAACACUUUCCAGAGUCCUCUGGAGCCAAUGCUUAUGGUGAUAGUUACUAUUAUGAAGAUGGAGACCAGCCACGGUCAAGGAGGGCAAGGGAGCUGGGUUCUGGAUUCUCAAAGUCUUGUAGACACCAAAGUGAGGAAAAGACUGUGAAGCAGAGAAAGGAGAAAUCCAGACAUCCACAGGAGGACUUGGAAGAACUGGAAGAGCAUUAUUCAUCAGAGAAAGCUCUGUCGUCCCCCAGCUUGGGUAAAGUAAGGGAUGAUCCCCAAAUUAACACGGAGCAGCCUGAAAGGAAGCGAUCUGGUCACGAGAGGUUCCGGAGACCUCCUCUCCCCAAGAUCAGUGGUGAGGUGUUUCUGAGCACUGAAUUGGACGACUGGGAGGCUAACCGUAGACAUCAAACUCGCAAUUGGGAAAAACAGUCCAGGCACCAAGACCAGCUUUCUCCCAAGGCCUCACGGAAAGCGAGGCCUCACUGCAGGGAAGCUGUGCACAGGAGGGACCUGGGGCAAGGUGAGCACAGAGAAAGGAAGCACAGGCCCAGGACUCCUCCCUUCUCAGAGAGUGAGGAGCGGCACCACCUCCAUGACACAGGAAUGAAACCCAGAGUGAUGAAAGAAACGGUCUCUACUCCAUCACGAGUGACCCACAGGGAUCAGGAAUGGUAUGAUGCUGAAAUUGCCAGAAAACUACAAGAAGAAGAAAUUUUGGCUACCCAGGUGGACAUGAGGGCAGCUCAGGUAGCCCAGGAUGAGGAAAUCGCUAGACUUCUAAUGGCUGAAGAAAAGAAGGCUUACAAGAAAGCCAGGGAGCGGGAGAAAUCAUCUUUGGACAAAAGAAAGCAUGACGUCGAGUGGAAGCCCAAGACAGCUAAAUCACACUUAAAGUCAAAAGAGAGUGAUGAACCGCACCGUUCUAAGAAUGACAGGCCAGCACGGCCACCACCACCUGCCGUGACAGAUGCUGAGGGUUUGGAUAACACUUAUUUUACAAACCAGCAUAAUUCCACACGUCACUUCUCAAAGUCAGAGUCUUCUCAUAAAGGUUUCCAUUAUAAGCGGUAAAAACCUAGGAAUCUGCCUUGAAAACGGACUCACUGUAGCAAAAUUACUGGAUGAUACAGAAUGCCUUCCAUGCUUAUUUUUUUCCUCCUAUAUUUUGUAUUCUUCAGAUUUAUCCUCAAGUGUUUUUUGGACCACAAAUAAUUUUCAUUCACUUAAAGUGGUUUGGUUAUCCUGAUCACUUGGGCAGUAUAAGAAAAUCUAGCUUCUGAAUAUUGGCCACCUUUAUGCUGCAUAUGGUUCCUGGGGUAUAGUAUCUUAAGAAUUCUAUAAAAUGCCAUUUUCAAUAGGUGUGGAGUUUUGAUAUCUAGGGAAUAGGCUUUACUUAGCAAUUAGAAUUUUGUGGAGAUAUGAUCAAAGUAAAACGUGAUGUUUGGAUGCCAUGCAGAAUAAAAGAAUAUAAGAAAUAG